AUGAAUACCCGCGCGAAGAAGGGAGACGAAGGCGCGACUGCAAAACUUAAUGAAGAUGAGUUGGAGGCUUUGCGCCAGGCCCUAGCCAAACAGGAGGAACGUAUUAGGAAUCAAGGUGCCGCGUUAGAAAGGGAACGCGCCGAAGUCGACAGGGAACGUGAGGUCUUCCACCGAACCCGCGAGGCCGAAAAUGCGCGGUUGCGUAACGAGCGAGAUGUAAUAUUACGGGAGCGCGAAGCUCUCAAUAAAGAAAAGGAAGAUGAAGGAGCGCGCCGCAAUAACGACGAUGCAUUUUCAAUCUUGAGGGAUGAAGUGAGACGCGAAAUGUCUGACCUACGCCGGGCGAUUUCCGAACGGAACGACGCCUCGUUUAAUUAUGAGUUUCCUGCGGGGCAACGUUUCUCGGGAAGUCAGGAGCCUCCCUUGCCGAGCAGCUCCGUAGCCGAUUCCGCGCAACCUCCCCCGAUAUCCCUCCGCGAGGCCACCGACAGUGUGCCGUGGUUCGACGGUUAUAACGUGCCGGUCUCGCAGUUCGUCCGUGCUUGUCGACGAGCACGAGAAAUGGUACCCCCGCAUUACGAGAGACCAUUAACGAUAUUAUUAAUUAAUAAACUUCGUGGACGCGCCUACGGUGCCGUUGAGGAUGAAUCCUGCGUGACCGUAACGCAAUUAAUCGACCUCCUUAAUGGAGCUUUCGGAUCCUCUAAAACGAUUCACCAACGGCGAGGGGAACUGAGUACGUGUUAUAUAAAACCAGGCGAGCACAUGCUCGAUUAUAUAAGUCGCGUUAAAGAACUGCGUUCGUCCAUCCUGGACGCCGAACGCAGGAUGCGUGGGACCGUAAGCGAUAGGAUAACUGCGGAAAUUGACGAAUUAACCGCCGCAUCAUUUUGCGAUGGAUUACCCUCCCUUUAUAGGAUUCAAAUGAGCCCCAGCUGCUCAGUCCAUCCCUUCGAGGCAUUUGCGGCCGCCAAAGCCCUUGCGGUAAGAGAGGAAUUGGAGCGGCAGAGAAGAGGCCCGCGGCGUGACGACACCGCAAGAUCCCGCGUCGCUACAAUUCCGCACCCCCCUAUACAUCGUUCAGAACUUCGCAGGGACGUUACUAUACCCCGAUACCCAACGGCACCCUUCGUGCGAAAUCGCGAUACACCACCGAGUACCGCCGCGAUCGGAAAUAAUCCUCGCGUCGCGCCCGCUCUUGAGCGACCUUCCGACGCGUCACCAACGAUAUGGUGCCGCUAUUGUAAAAUCUCCGGGCACGAAAUUCAAGAUUGCCGAAAACGACAAUAUAAUAACGCGCGUCAGGGAAACCCGGCGGGCCCCUCGAGUCGCCCGGACUCGCCUCGGGUGGGGCCGCCUCCAACGCGUCCGGUGCGAUCUAUUCAGGCAAUUCCGGAAGAAGAGCCCGAGUCGGAAUCCUCCGAAUAA